AAAGUUGACUCUUUCGCGCGCGACCACUAUGGCAGUCCUGCAGGCGGAAUCGCUCGCGUAUAAAAACUGGGCUUUCAGGAUGUCUCCCACAGCACAGCGCAGCGGUCCCAGCGACUUCAGCGACACCGAACAACCCCCAUAACCUCCCCGCCCGCUCUACAUGCCCGUGCAGCAGUCCCGCUACAGCGCGCCCGAGACCAUGUCCCGCAGCUCCCAGCCCUAUGCAGUCCCUUCGAGCAGCCGGGACCCCAGCGCCGAGGCGAAGCGCCCGCCGAACGCGUUCAUCGUCUUCCGCUCGUGGUACAUCGCGAACCAGCACCCGCCGUCGGACAAGCAGCAGCGCGGGAUCAGCAAGAAGGCGGCGACGAUAUGGCACAACAUGUCGGACGCGGAGAAGCUGCCGUUCGAGCGCCAGGCGCAGCAGAUACAUCUGCAGUUCAAGAAGGAGCACCCGGACUUUGACUGGAACAAGAAGACGCCGUCUCCCAAGUCGUCCCCCGUCCCCUCCACGCGUAGCAUGUCCGCCGCUGCGUCUAGCUCAAAGCAGCCCGGCGCGUACGCCGAUCACUCGGGGCGCAGCGACGGAACGGCCGACUGGCCGACCUUCAGCGACAACGACCCUUACUUCUCUCCUCCCGCAUACACGCUGCCCGACUUCCGCGCCCAGGGCGUGAACAUCGACCAACUCUCCAAAUACGCUAUUCGUCCAAACAAGUUCGCCGAUGCCAACUCCACCUUCCUCAGCGACAGCAUCUACUACCCAGAAGACGACUACUGAGCAGCUUGACGCGCUCUACGAACUCUCAUGUCAUCUCCAACGUCGCCACUGGGUCUUCCACUGUAUGCUACCAUCUUGCACUGUAUCAUAGGUCACGAAUCUUCAUGUUCUUCUACCUUUGGCU